CAAACUCCCUCACACUACCCCUUCCUUUUUCAUUUUUUUCCAUAUAUUUUUCACAUUAUAUACUAACUCUUCCAUGGAAGAACACCAUAAAGAGAUGCAGCUACUAUCGUACAGUACUCCGCAUACUGCAGCUUCUUCAUCGCAGAAUCCAGCUUGGCCGUCGUCGGAUUCGCCGGCCACGAAAUUCCUGCAGAUGGAUCGUUUCGAGGGUCCAUCACUGGACCUCCAACUGUCGAUAAGUGUCACCCCGCUCAAGCCAUCUUCAGAGUGUGUUCUAAUAAGGAAAGUGAGGAAGUACAAAGACGUGAAGAUGGACUCCAGCUGCGUUGAGGCUCUGAAAUGGCAGGCGGCGGAGCAAAUUCGACUUGCAGCCCUGGAGAAAGCCUACGCGGAACGCGUGAGGGAGAUGACGAGGAGGGAGAUGGAGCUAGCGCAGUCUGAAUUCGCACGAGCACGGACGAUGUGGGAGAGGGCGAGAGAGGAGGUGGAGAGGGCCGAGAGAAUGAAGGAGAGGGCUACUCAGACCAUGGAUUCCAAGUGUAUGGAGAUCACUUGCCAGUCUUGCAGACACAAGUUUAGACCUUAAAAAGUCUGAGAAUUUGACAUUCACCCCCUGUAAAAAUGCAAAAAAUACUCUUAAAACAAAUCAGCAUGACCCCUAAACUUUUGAAAGAAAUCAAGCAAGAAGCAUCAGAGUUCAGGGACCGUAUUGUCCUUUUUCUGGUACACGAGGGGUUCUCUAUCCAUUAGUAUUUUUACAGGGGGUAAAAUGCAAUUAAAUUUCAAAAUUAAUCUGCUAACAACUUCAUUUUCUUUCAUUUGAAAAGGGCUGCUGGUUAAAAAAUGGGGAACUUCACACAGUACUGGGGGUGUGAUCAGUAUAUUGGAUUCAGAAUUAAGGAAAGAAAAAAGUUGGAGUUGGAAAAGAUGGCAGGUUUUUGAGGCUUUGUGUUGUGUAAUAAAGAGUUUGAUUGAAUCAUUUUAGUUGAGUUCAAUCUUUUCAGACAGACUGUGUCUUAGUUUCUCAUAUGUAAUGAGAGUAUAUUGGCAGUAUUUGGGG